AUGUUUCCUACACUUUCACCUGUUGUAGUACAAACAAAACCAGGUGAUGAUGUUUGGAAAUUUGAAAAUUGGUGGACACAACAAUUACAUCAUUGUUGUGAAGAUAUCGGAAGUUGUUGUCUCGUAUGUUGGUGUUGUCCAUGUACAAUGUAUAAAAUCUAUGAUCGUGCUGAUGAAGAUUUACUAACAUGUUGUUGGCCAAUGACUUUAUGGCCAUUACGUACUAAAAUUCGAACUUUAUUUCGAAUACGAGGUUCCGUAUGUAGUGAUUGUUUAGCUGUUUACUGUUGUCCAUGUUGUGCUCUAAUUCAAAUGCGUCGUGAAUUAAAACAACAAGGAUUAUAA